AUUAUCUCUGUUUACUCAUCCCCUAUAAAUGAACUCGUAAGAGAAAAACUUGCAGGAAAAAACUUGGCAAAAAAGCUCGUUUUGCUAAACUGGGCAUUUAUUCUCCUAGGUUAUCAGACGUGCUCCUAUUUCUGCCUUCUUCCGAUUCAAGCUGGUUUGAGGGGUUGAAUCAUUGAAAGAAUUCUGAUUGUGAUUGAGCUGAUCAGUGUAAAAUGGAUGCAUGUGUGGAUUUCCUAAAAUCCCUUGAAACUGACAUGGUUCUGAAUAUCUUCGAGCGUUUGGAUGACCCAGCAGAUUUAGUCCGUGCUAGUGUUGUGUCUCGUUAUUGGCGAGAUUUUGUAAUUGCCAAUGGGCUAUCUAAGCAGCUGUGUGUGGAAUUUUAUCCUCAAUUAGCAAAUGUUGAACGUGUAACUGAAUCCAAUUCACAAACAAUUACACUGAACCAUGCUGGAGCUAGCAAUUCCAUGGAAUGGGAUAUCCUGGAGAGAAAUCAUAAGGUUUACGCUUCUCUGUCUCAAGUUCUUACGAAACUGAUAUCGUCACCUGUUGAGUGCAUAGCAGAGGCAUUUAGUGCUUCCAGCACAGAUAAUUAUCCAGAUGAAAGCAUUGUGAAUACACUAGAUCCAAGAGACAGGUUUGCAUUGAGAGCUUCGUACUGGUCAAGUAAAGGGCAUAAAGAUCCUUCUGUGCCUGAGACACUGAUCUACAAACUAAAAGCUGAUUUUUGUGUUAUUACUGAGAUUGACAUACAACCAUUUGAAGCCUUUUUUCAGCCUGGCGACCCAAUAUAUUCUGCCAAAUCGGUUAGGUUUCGAAUGGGACAUCCCAAAUCACCAACAGACAUAGAGGAUGAUCUUUCAUACUUGCCAUUGCAACAGCCCGCUGAUGACAAGUUCGUAUGGACGUACACUUCAGAGGAGUUUGCAAUGACUCAGGAAAACCGGUUGCAGCAUUUCAAGUUUUCACAGCCUGCUCUUUGCAUUGGUGGAUUUUUGCAGAUCGAGCUGUUGGGGAGGGUUCAACAACAAGAAAUGGAUGGAUUACUCUACAUAUGUGUUUCUCAUGUUAAAGUUAUGGGGCGGCCCUUGUCUCCUGCAUUUCAUGUCGAGAUCCUUGAACCAUCAGGGAAAUUUUUGCUAAAGUAUUGCCCUCAUGCUCUUCAACACACGUUACAAAGUGAAGAGCCUGAGCUUGCACCAAUGCCGAUAAUAGCAACAGAAGAUGUGUUUUGGGGACGUGUGGGCCUGUUGCAGUAUUUGGUGGGCGGUAACCAAGAAGCCGAUGGCCCCUUUGAUUUGGAUGACGAGGAGAAUGAAAUGGAUCAAUUCGUUCUCUGAUUCUUGGAUGGUUUUCUAUUUCCUUUUGUUUUCUUUCUUAAUAAAUCCUUGUUACCAUAUCUGUGUAGUUUUUUGUCUUUUAGAGUUCUCAAACAACCUCUGCCUUAGAGGCGGAGAGUUGAUCUUGUAGUGCUUCUUGUGGGGGUUUUAUCUCCACAAGUGAUAUAACCCUUGUAAAUGUGAUCUUAUAUGUGAUGUAUGCAA